CAACUGUCAUAGAAAUAGGCGCCAUUGAAAAAUGAGUGUUUGUUGAUCGUUGUUUACUAAUUUAGCUUUUUAGUAAGAAUUUUCUAGAUAACUAACAAACUCAACAUAUUUGAUUAAUUUCGUGACGUUUUGCUCUCAAGUUGCGUAUUAUAUUUUUAUGCAGUAGAUUUCCAAGAAAAUUUAAUUAAUUUACAAGCAUGAAAAGACCAAACUUCAAAGUGGGUGAUAAAGUCUUCGCUAAAGUUAAGGGUUACCCCCCAUGGCCGGCUCACAUUGUCGCGGAGAAUGGUAAAAAAUUCAAUGUGGAAUUUUAUGGCACUGGAGAAACGGGAUCCAUUAAAAGUGAAGAUCUAUUCUACUAUUUAAAAAAUAAAGAGAAAUUUCAAAAACCUCUGAAACGUAAAGAUUACAUUGAUGCUUUUGAACAAAUUGAAGAGGCUGUCAAAGAAGAUGGAGGUGAUGGAGAUGAAUCACCAAACAGCAAUGACUCUAUCUCAAAUGAAUCAUUAAACUCUUCAUCUGCUAAUAAUAGUAUAGCAGAGAAGACUGAAAAGAAAACUGGAAUUAAAAGAAAAAGAUCUCUACCUCAGGAACCACCUGCUGAAACCAGUACCCCGAAAAAGAAAUCAGCACGACUGAGUAAAGUUAGUGAAGAUGUUCAAAAAUCUGAAAUCUCUGAAACAACUGAUGAACCAGAAAAAGUACAUAAAUCUGUGUCCCCUAAAAAAUCUCCUAAAAUAACAAAAUCGCCGAAAGUUGACAUAGAGAAGGAAAAAGUGGCAGAGGUUAAGGAAGAGACAAAACCUGAAGAAAAUGAUGAAAAUAAACCUAAAGAUGAUAAAAUCGCAGAAAAAGAAAGUGUUAAAGAUGAAACAACUGAAAUUGAAGAAACAUCAGAAGUAAUGGAAAAAGAGGAAGUGGAAGAAACACCAGUCGAAAAGCAAUAUAAAAUAGACUUAGUGACAGAAAAGAGCCUUAAAAAUAAUAUAAUUUACGCUGAACAUGUUAAAAAAUCUGAGAAGCUUUUCAAGGACAGGAAACCCGACCCAAGAGAGGAUGAUGCAAAUCAAGUUUUGCCAGUAAAAUUAUCAUCUGGUAAAAUGGGAGGAAUAAAGCUUCAUUUAACGUGGCCUCUAAAAUUCGACAAUGAAUAUGAUCGCGCUAUCUAUGACGAAACUGUGUCUAAAAGGGUCUUGGAUGCCAAACAGAAAAUUGAAGAAGGCACAGUGUCAUUAGAGGAUAUGGAAAAUAUUAUUCCUGAUAUUGAACUGUCUGCAGAAGGAGUAGACCAGAUGGUUGCCUUAAAACAGCUCGAGGAUAAAAAAGUGAGAGUAGCGCGACUGAAGUUAGAAGCUGAAUUAUUGAGACUUGAUGUGAAAAUUAAAAAUUGUUUAGGUUUGGAUAAAGCAGAUCCAAAAGAGGCUUUGGGUUAUUUGGAAGAAAUGUGUAACCUUGAAUUUGAUGACGUUGUACUUAAAAAACAUCUUCAUAUAGUUGAAAUGGUCAGGAGGUUGCGUAAAUAUGUUGGAAACACUAGAGAGUGGAAAAUGAACGAUGAAUCUUUGAAUGAAUUUACAAAGCAAGCAGAGAAAGUCAGGGAAAUGGCCGAGAAAGUCUACGGAAAAUUCAAGCAAGCUGUAAAAUUGCCAGAAAAUUGCUCAAGUUUCUUUGAAGGAUUUACAGACUUGGUUAAUCAAUUCAGAGCCGACUGUAAAGAAUUAGAACUGACUGAAUCCGAUAUUUUUGUAUUAAGUUCUGAACCCAGAUCUCGCCAAGCUUUUCUGAAUCGUCUAGAUGAAAAGGAAACUGAAAAGAACACAAAUGAUGCUUCCAACCCUGUGCAAGAAAAAUUAAUUGUAAAUGGGACUGCUGAGGUAUCUGAAGAAGCAAGUUAAACAUUUAAUUUGUAUAUAAUGAAAAGCCAGAUUUUGUUGAAGCACAUUUUCAGAUUAAUCAGUAUGGUGUAAAUACUUUUCUUUUAUUUUUUUUUGUCAUGACGUAUUGUGCUAAUUAUAUUUUUAUUAAUUACAUAAGUAAACCAUU